AUGGCUGUGCGCGGCACAAUAUACUCUCCACGGAUCUGCGGCGGGAUCGUCAGCCUCGCGAUUGCCAUACUCGUUAUACACCCACAGCUUUCCUUCAUCGCCGUCGGAUCAAAUCUCCCCCCCGGCGGCUGCGACACGUGCCGCCAGCUGCGCGGGCUGGAAGACGCGGGGGUGAACGCGCGUAGCCUGCACCGGCACGCGGCGCUCGUCGGCAACUUCAAGGGGCUCUUCCUCAGCCAGCGCGGCAAGUUCAAGAACCACGCCAGAGGAUCCGGCCCCGUCAAUCUCGAGGUUUUCCAGGAAGUUGGUAACCACGUGGCUGUCGUCGACGGCGAAGCUGGCGAUACCCUUGAAAAGUGCUGCGAUGCAUGCAAGCGAACAGCCGGCUGCCUCCAAUACCACUUCUUCCUCAGCAACCGGCUACGCGACAAUGUCAACGUCCGCGGCUUCAUGAGCGGCGUGCAGUGCUACCUGCUCGCGAAAGACGGCGGCGCGGGUCACUCUGGCGAGUACCGGACGCCUCUUAGCGGGGAUGUCAAGGAGCAGCGCGCUAUGUCGCCGUAUUUCCCGCUCAGCUGGCUCGGUGGGCUGUGCGACGGAAGCCGCGCCACAGCAACGCCUGGCGAAUCCGCUGCCGCUGGUAAUGAUUCUACAGGCGCACUGCCGCUUGCAACAUCAUCAGCACGGCGUUUUGGAAAGCCAGCAAGGACAGCGUCAGCUGUGCUUCGGCGGAAGGCGGAGAGACCGCCGCCGCUGUCCCCGCAAGGCCUGCUCAACGCGUCUUUCUGCCUCGUUUCCGACCGUAGAUUGCACAUCAACAUCAAGCUCCGCGAAACUCCACCGCAGGCUGCUGGUGCUGACCUGGCGGAGGUGUCCAGUGACGUGGCGUAUGCUGCCGCCCCGACAUCCAACCCUACCUUCGCCCAGAUGUCAACAGCAGCUGCUGCCGAUGCCGCUGCUGCUGCCAGGAAGGAAGCUGAGAAGAGAGCAACAGCAGCUGUUGUGAGGGCUGCUCUUGCAAGCACUAGUGAUGAAGUGAGUGGUGUAGUGGAAGGACGAGAGGGCGAGAGAGAGGGAGCACAGGCAGCUAUCAGGGAGAUCGGGUUUGUGUGGGUGGCUGAUGGGCUGCAUUCCCUUCGUAUGGCCGUAACACCCAAGGUAACCGCUGAGAACAGCAGGAAUAUCACAGAUACUGCCAAUAGUUUGUUGUCCCUUCUGGAGCUGGAUGGCGUGCCACUGUCGCCCCCAGAAGCAGUGGGUGAGCGGGUGACUGGAUCAGGAGGGCUGGUUCUUAGCAAAGUGGCAGAGGAGAGCGAGUGGCCUGUGAACAUGGUGAAGUAUAGGGUGGAGAUUGAGGGGUUGAUGGUGGUGGAGGUGCGGGCAAGCAUCGUGCGGGGCGAAGGGGAUGCGGGUGAAGGGCACCUGUCUGUGAUGCUGAUGAAGGUGAAGGUUUCUCCCACGGUCAAUGGACUCCUGGAUAUGGCACUUGCGGCUCGCCUAUCAUCCUCCAGCAUCGUAGCUGUUUCGACUACGCUCACAUCGUCUGCCGGAUCAGCUGGAUCGUCGCGUUCUGCGAAUCUUCUCGCAUAUUCGCGCGCUGAUUGGUCGCACGGGCUUAGCCUCCGAUCGUUGCCGUCUGUCGCCGCUAACAUGUCGAGAAGUCGAAGCAGUGUCAGCACGAUCAAGUGCAUGGCGGAGGCGUCCCAAACGACCGCCGCUGCGGUCUCUUCGCCAGCCACUGGCCUCCGCGUGUUCCGGCUCGCUGACCUGGCAGAGGAUGACGUGGCGCAGCUGCUCACCAGGCCGCGCAUAGACUUCACCUCUAUCUUCAGCACGGUGGGUCCUAUAGUGGAGGAUGUGAGGCAACGGGGCGACGAGGCUGUUAAAGAGUACACGGAGAGGUUUGACCGAGUCAAACUGGAUGACGUGGUGGUCCGAGUGGCAGAGCUGCCUGACCCUGAGCUGCCUGCUGACGUGGCAGCAGCGUUUGACGUGGCGUUCAGCAACAUCCACAAGUUCCACCUGGCACAGAUGCCGUCCAGCUCGUUCCAAGUGGAGACCAUGCCGGGAGUGGUGUGUGGGCGAGUGGCGAGGCCCAUAGAACGUGUGGGGCUGUACGUGCCAGGAGGUACUGCUGUGCUGCCUUCUACUGCUCUCAUGCUCGCCGUGCCGGCAGGCAUAGCGGGCUGCACCACUGUGGUGGUCGCCACUCCUCCCCGCCCGGAUGGUUCAAUCUGCCCGGAGGUGCUCUACUGCUGCAAGAAGGCCGGCGCCACUCACAUUCUCAAGGCGGGAGGGGCUCAGGCUGUUGCAGCCAUGGCAUGGGGCACAGCCACCUGUCCCAAGGUGGACAAGAUCUUUGGCCCGGGCAACCAGUACGUGACAGCAGCCAAGAUGGCGCUGCAGACGAGCGAGGCCAUGGUCUCCAUCGACAUGCCUGCGGGGCCUUCCGAAGUGCUUGUCAUUGCCGACGAGACGGCUUCUCCUUCCCACGUCGCCGCCGACCUGCUGUCCCAGGCGGAGCACGGGCCAGACAGUCAGGUGGUGCUGGUGGCGGUGGGCGAGGGGGUGAACUUGGCAGCCAUCGAGGCAGAGGUGGAGCGGCAGAGGGGGGAGCUGCCCCGAGGGGACGUUGCUGCCAAGGCGCUGAGCCACUCUUAUGUGGUGGUGGCUGCUGAUAUCAACGAGGCGUGCCUCUUCUCCAACCGGUACGCCCCCGAGCAUCUAAUUAUCAACGCCGCACAGGCGGUGGACUGCCUGCCCCUCAUCCGCAAUGCUGGGUCAGUCUUCCUGGGCCCAUGGACCCCAGAGAGUGUGGGAGACUACGCCAGCGGAACCAACCACGUGCUGCCCACCUACGGCUAUGCACGCAUGUACGGCGGCGUGUCUCUCGACGCCUUCUUCAAGCACAUCACCGUGCAGUCUCUCUCUGCCUCGGGCCUGCAGCUGCUGGGUCCCUCUGUGGCUAAGAUGGCCGAGCAAACGAGGUCCUACUCUGCUUCCCUGCAACCUGUGUUCCCUGCAACCUGCUUCACCCCCUGUUCUGCUUCGCUGCAACCUGUGUUCCCUGCAACCUGCUUCACCCCCUGUUCUGCUUCGCUGCAACCUGUGUUCCCUGCAACCUGCUUCACCCCCUGUUCUGCUUCCCUGCAACCUGUGUUCCCUGCAACCUGCUUCACCCCCUGUUCUGCUUCCCUGCAACCUGUGUUCCCUGCAACCUGCUUCAACCCCUGUUCUGCUUCGCUGCAACCUGUGUUCCCUGCAACCUGCUUCACCCCCUGUUCUGCUUCCCUGCAACCUGUGUUCCCUGCAACCUGCUUCACCCCCUGUUCUGCUUCCCUGCAACCUGUGUUCCCUGCAACCUGCUUCACCCCCUGUUCUGCUUCGCUGCAACCUGUGUUCCCUGCAACCUGCUUCACCCCCUGUUCUGCUUCGCUGCAACCUGUGUUCUCUGCAACCUGCUUCACCCCCUGUUCUGCUUCCCUGCAACCUGUGUUCCCUGCAACCUGCUUCACCCCCUGUUCUGCUUCGCUGCAACCUGUGUUCCCUUCAACCUGCUUCACCCCCUGUUCUGCUUCGCUGCAACCUGUGUUCCCUGCAACCGGCUUCACCCCCUGUUCUGCUUCGCUGCAACCUGUGUUCCCUGCAACCUGCUUCACCCCCUGUUCUGCUUCGCUGCAACCUGUGUUCCCUGCAACCUGCUUCACCCCCUGUUCUGCUUCCCUGCAACCUGUGUUCCCUGCAACCUGCUUCACCCCCUGUUCUGCUUCGCUGCAACCUGUGUUCCCUGCAACCUGCUUCACCCCCUGUUCUGCUUCCCUGCAACCUGUGUUCCCUGCAACCUGCUUCACCCCCUGUUCUGCUUCGCUGCAACCUGUGUUCCCUGCAACCUGCUUCACCCCCUGUUCUGCUUCACUGCAACCUGUGUUCCCUGCAACCUGCUUCACCCCCUGUUCUGCUUCCCUGCAACCUGUGUUCCCUGCAACCUGCUUCACCCCCUGUUCUGCUUCCCUGCAACCUGUGUUCCCUGCAACCUGCUUCACCCCCUGUUCUGCUUCGCUGCAACCUGUGUUCCCUGCAACCUGCUUCACCCCCUGUUCUGCUUCGCUGCAACCUGUGUUCCCUGCAACCUGCUUCACCCCCUGUUCUGCUUCGCUGCAACCUGUGUUCUCUGCAACCUGCUUCGCCCCCUGUUCUGCUUCCCUGCAACCUGUGUUCUCUGCAACCUGCUUCACCCCCUGUUCUGCUUCGCUGCAACCUGUGUUCCCUGCAACCUGCUUCACCCCCUGUUCUGCUUCGCUGCAACCUGUGUUCCCUGCAACCUGUGUUCCCCGCAAUCUGCUUCACCCCCUGUUCUGCUUCGCUGCAACAUUGGCCUUCUCUUCUGCACACGUAAGGGAGGAAGCAUCAUUUCUCCCACUGCUGCUCCUCUGCUCCUCUGCAGUAGCACACGGGAAGGCCUUCUCUUCUGCUGCCACUGCUGCUGCCACCGCUGGUCCCACCGCUGGCCUUUUCUUCUGCUCGCCUACCCAUCACUUCACAGCACCAGCAGCAGCACGCGGGAGGGAGGUAGGAGCGAGGAAGGUAGCAGCUGCCGUCCCAUCACUUCACAGCACCAACAGCCGCACGUGGGAGGGAGGUAGGAGCGAGGAAGAUAGCAGCUGCCAUCCCAUCACUUACACAGCACCAGCAGACGCACGUGGGAGGGAGGUAGGAGCGAGGAAGGUAGCAGCUGCCGUCCCAUCACUUCACAGCACCACCAGCAGCAUGUGGGAGGGAGGUAGGAGCGAGGAAUGUAGCAGCUGCCGUCCCAUCACUUCACACCACCAGCAGCAGCACGUGGGAGGGAGGUAG